AUGCUCGAUCCAUACUGGCACACCCUGACAAGAACAGCCCUCCGCACCGUCCAGCUCGCCCUCACCGUAGCCAUAGCAAUCCUCUACGGAAUCGACCUCACCCACACAACGAACAAACACGCCCAUGCCCGUCCAGAAUGGAUAUACGCCGACGUUACGGCGUCCCUAUCAGGGAUUACCUGCCUCACGCACUUGCUACUCGGAACAGCAACGACCACAGCAACCCGCAUGCUGCUAUGGUCAUUAUGGGGUUUCGUCCUUUUCGUUCUUUGGUUGGCGCAGGUGGGUGUUUUUGGGGGCAUCUAUGUUGACUGGAAGGGUCACUACCCGGGUUACUACGACGAUGGCUCUUAUGGUGCUACAAGGUGUGUUGCUGUUGUUGUGGGUGUCGUCAGACGGAGGGUAAACUGGAUGGUGGUGAUGAUGAUGCGGAUGUUGAGCGAGGCGCAAAGCAAAUCAUUCACUGAACCGCUGGCCAUGCUUGCAAAGUGA